AUGUCGAUGAAUUUCAACGUAACAAGCAUCGAAAUCUCAACCCACGACCUCCAGACCCUCCGGCUCUUCUACACUUCAAUGGAACAAGUUCACACAUUUCUGAUUCUACUUAUUGCUCUAGUAGUACCACUCAUGAUGAUACUCAUUUUGGUACUCGUUUAUAAACUACACGCUUUGAAACGACGAGUUAUACCAUCAGUUAAGCUGGAAGAAGAGUUCUCGGACUAUGAUUUAUACGGCAGUUGGGCCGAGAAGAGCGUCAUUUUAGAUGUGUGA